AUGAGUUGCUAUGGAAAACAUAAAGAAAAAAUCAACGAACAUAAUUCUCAAUCAGAUUAUAGCAAAUUUUACAAACAAGAAUUAACAAAAAGUCAAAAUGAACUAAAUGAAACAAAAGUAGAAUUUAAUAAAAUGAAACGUAAGCUAGAAGAAAAAGUUAAAGAAUACGAGGAACAAUUAAAAGAAGAAAAACAAAAAUUUGACUUAAAAUCAAAAAACUUAGAAUCAAAAGUCAAAAAUCUUGAACGUGAAUUGUCUAAUAAGGAAAAACGAAAUAUUCAAAAUUCAAGAGAAACAAUUAAGAGAGAAUACGAAAGACGAUUGGAAGAAGAAAGGCGAAAAUCCAACUCACAAAUAAAAGCAUUAGAAGCAAAAGUCCAAAAUCUUGAAGGUGAAUUAUCUAAGGAGAAACGAAAUAUUCAAAGCUCAAAAGGAACAAUUAAGAGAGAAUACGAAAGACAACUGGAUGAAGAAAGGCGAAAAUUCGACUUAAAAUUAAAAAAAAAUGUAGAAGAAACAGAAAAAUGGUAUCAACAAAAUUUCAAUCAGUUAAAGGAACGUUAUGAUGAGUUACAACUAGCAAAAAAAAAUAUGGAAACAAAUAUGGAAAGUAAUAUCAUUAAUUUAGAUCAACAAUUAAGAGAUCAAGAAAAAAAUUUUAAACUACAGUUUAAGCAAGCGAACGAAAAACAUAAGAAAAAUAUUAGUGAUAUAAGACAAAAAUUAGAUGAGAAGGGAAAUGGUUUGCGUGAAUUAGAAGAAAAAAAUUUAAAACUGAAAGAAGAAGCAUCUAAAUAUCAAUCGGCGCUUGGUGUUGCAACAAAUAUUCGUCUUGGCGAUGGUGAUCAAAAUCAUUCGGUUAAAUUAAAACAAGAUAUCUUAAAAUUGCAAACCACAUUGGAAAAUUACGUAACUCAUUUGAAACCUAAUAUGAAAAUUAAUAUUAAAAAAGUACAAGAACUUGCGCGAGAAUAUGGUUGUAUAAAUGAAAUUACUGCAAAAAAUCCAAAUAAGCUUUUCAUUAAAGCUGUUUUACAACGUAAGGUGUUAGACUUAGUAUGCGAGUUUUCUAAUGAAUUUGUUAAAUUCCGAGAUGGAAACUAUAAACUCGAAUCUGAUAUCGAUUCAAAAGCAAAAGAAUUAUUGAAUCUAAUCAAGUUAUUCUCAACAACUCGUGCAGGAACUGAUGGGGUCAUUGAUGCUUCGAUAGUAAAAAUACGUCAACAAGUUUAUGGAAUUCUUGGUAAUCGUGGAUUUAACAAUAUAAUCGAUAAUGAUGGAAAUAUGCGAAUGCAUGACUUUAUAGCUCAUUUUAGCAACGAACUCAAUAAAAUGAUGAAUCAAUAUCGUGAAAUCAACGAUAUUAAUAGAAAAAAACAAAUUGAUGCAAUGGCGCCAAAACUUAUUCAAGAUAUUUUCAAAUUAUUUUGGUUUCGCACAAAUGUUCAAGAGCCAGAAAUAAAAAUUGAAUAUUUUAAAAGUAACUGUAUAAUUGAUCCAAAUAUGAUGAAAGGAACGUGGAAUGAUGAUGAUGAAAUCAAUAAAUUACGCGUAGACAUAUGCUACUUUCCUCUGGUUGGACGAGAUUUUGAUUCUUCAGACGCAAGAAUAUAUACACCUGCAAAAGUAUUUCCGCGAGAGAUCUGGUGA